AUGGAAGAAAAUGUGAAUGAUGAUCCUGAAUCACCGAUUGUUCGAAAAUCAGGUAUACUGGAUGUAAAUGCAUUGCGUGAAGAUGAUACAUUGACGAUACGUGAACAACGUUUACUCACAAUGACUUCAUGCUACCAUGAACUACUUGAACAGAUUGGCGAAGAUCCAAAACGUCAGGGUCUAUUAAAAACACCGAAACGUGCUGCACAAGCAAUGUUAUUCUUCACAAAAGGCUAUGAACAAAAUAUACAAGAUGUUGUCAGUGACGCUAUAUUUGAUGAAGAAUGCGAUGAAAUGGUUGUUGUUAAAGAUAUUGACAUAUUUUCAUUAUGUGAGCAUCAUUUAGUACCAUUUUUUGGAAAGGCAAGCAACGUUUCAGUUGGCUAUUUGCCUAAUAAACGUGUCAUUGGUUUGAGCAAAAUAGCAAGAAUAGUCGAAAUAUUUGGUAGAAGACUUCAGGUACAAGAACGUUUAACACGUCAAAUAGCCGAAGCUAUUGCUGAAGCGAUUAAUCCAAGAGGUGUUGGAGUCGUUGUUGAAUGCGUCCAUAUGUGUAUGGUAAUGCGUGGCGCUCAGAAGAUAAAUUCAAAAACGACAACAAGUUCUAUGUUAGGUGUAUUUCGAGAAGAUUCGAAAACUCGUGAAGAAUUUUUAACACUUGGAAAACUAAGUUAA